AUGACCAGCUCGGACGAUUCCAUCGCUGUACCACGAGGGCAGAAGUCAUGCCUCAACUGUAAAAAUCGCAAGAUUGCCUGUGACAGACUCAUGCCAGCGUGCUCUUCUUGCAAGAGGAGGAAGAAGAUCUGCUCUGGAUACGACUACAAUCUGUCAUGGCCUCGUGACGGCGACGAGCGUCGGGCCAUGACUGCGCAGGUGCGCAGCCAGAAGUACCCGGCCAGUGCAUUUGCAUUCCUAAACACCUCCAAUGCGGAUAUGAUGCUUUACUACAACGGCGCGGCUUCGAAAUGCGAAUCCGACAAGAUAGCCGUGUGGAUGCCAUCAAUACGCCGCUCACCACAACUACCCCGAUUCGGGAGUGACAAGCAUCCGAUAUAUGACUCCGAAAUGUCGUCUGCUGUCCGACUCAUCACUUCUCGGGGUGAUUUGCGACAGGAUGUGUGUGGCCUUCUUCGCCGCAUGUCGCUCACAGAUAAUGGUGUGGCAUCUCUUGCAGUUCGGUAUGCCAUGAACGCCAUCUCAUAUCUCUACCUCAGAAGGUCAGAUGAAGCCAUGCUGCAUCAGAUGCGUGCUGUUUCUGCGCUGCAAGGCGCAAUUGAUCGGAUCCAGGAUCCCCGAUGCAGAGCUCAGGCCAUUGCCGCGAGCUUGUUGCUCAGCCUAUACGAGUCAAGCUACCAAGGCCUGCAAGUCAACGAGGGAGAACAUGCAACGCUCCUGGAUUGGGUAUUCUACCACAACGUUCUCUACAAAUUCAGCUUGCAGCAUUGGCAGAGACGCACCCCGGAAAUGGCAGCGAUUGCCCAGCGGGAUAUGCGCAUUUCAAGAAUCGUUUCAACCAGCCAUUUCGUCACGAUCCAUAGUACCCUCGGCUGCUCGCUCGAACUCUUGGAGUACCUGAGCAGAUCUAUCAACCUCGUCAAAGAUCGAGAUGAUCCAGACUACCUAUCAAAACGCCAUUCGCACGCCAUUUAUGACCUCGAAAGAAACAUCAGAGACAUUGACCAGCAGCUUUGCAGCGGCAUCGAUAGGGAAGACUACCACGUCGCAGGGAGCAGGAAGCGUUACCUCACAGUUUCCCGCAUGUACCAGCUUGCGGUCCUCAUCUAUCUGGAUCGCGUGGUUCGUGGUUCUUUUGCCGAAUCGCGCCUGUCACGUGCAAGUGCAGAGGAAGCAUUCGGCCUCCUGCGCGAUCUCGGCUCGUGUGAAAGACCGUUCAUCAUGGUCAUGCUGGCCCUACAGGCUGAGAAUGACAGCGACAGGUUGCUCAUUCUUUCCACGCUGAAAAACGCAAUUCACGAGAGGCCACUGAGCAACCUCACCUCCACAGAGCGCAUCAUACGGCGGAUAUGGGCACAGCACGACCUCCAUGGGAGUGCACAAGCUGAUGCCUUGAAGAUUCUAAACACCGUCAUCAGCACCAACGAAAUACCGCCCUCCUUCACCUGA